GGGCAGGCGGGAGAGAGAGAGGUAUAGAGAGUGAGAGAGACAGAGAGAGAGAGAGGAAGGAAGGAAGGUAGGAAGGAAAGAGAGAGAGAGAGAGGUAUAUAUAUAUAUAUAUAUAUAGAGAGAGAGAGAUAGGUAGAGAGAGAGAGGUAUAUAUAGAGAGAGAGAGGUAUAUAUAGAGAGAGGUAGAGCGAGAGAGAGAGGUAGAGAGAGAGCGUGAGAAUAGAGAGAGUGAGAGAGAGAAGUUCUUUCUCAUUAAGCGACCAACCAGGUUCAGCUUAGCACACUGUCUGAACACACACACACACAGCGACAGCUUAGCACACUCUGUCUGAACACACACACACAAAUAAAAAGCAGAAGUGGUGAGAGGCACAGGGUUUGGGGCAACGUGGUUGGCUAUGGCUCACGGCUCUGACAGCGAUGACUCCAAUUACACCAAGUCUCCUUCGCCAGCGGGCAGCAGGCGGGGCUCCUCAGACAACAUAAAGAAAGUAAUGAGAAGAGAGAAGAACCGUAUCGCUGCCCAGAAGAGCAGGAUGAGACAGACCCAGAAGGCAGACAGUCUACACCUGGAGAGUGAGAACCUGGAGAAGGAGAACGCGGCUCUGAGGAAGGAGGUGAAGAAACUCAAAGAAGAAGCCAAGUAUCUCUCCUCUGUCCUGACUACCCAUGAGCCUCUCUGCACUGGCCUGCCCCCCCAGAUGACCCCUGACCUCAUCUACUCCCCCCAUCAUCACUCCGUCUCCCCCCACCAUCACGGGAGCAAUGUCUUCCACCACCAGCACAGCAUCGCUGUGUCGCACUUCCAGCACUGAUCACCACCGACCACCAGGUGGUGCUGAAAAGAGAAGCGGGAGAGGUUUACUGACCUUGAUAUAGUGGGUGAAGAGAGCCACUUGAACUAGCCUCGCUAAACCAGGUCAGUCUGGUGUCAAGAGGCUACACUUGAACAGGAUGAAGUUAAUGAAUGGUUUCUUUGUUUCAACUGGAACAGACAGCACUCAUGAAUGAUGUCUUUGCAUCAGAUCAACAAUUUUCUGAUAUUAAAAGAUGACAAAGACUUCUUUUACACAGGCAGCCAAAUUCUGAUCUUUUGCCCAAUUAGUGUCAAAAUGUCUGAUUGGUCCAAAAAAUAAUUAAUGACAAAAGAUCAGAAUUGUUUAAAGGCACAUAGAUGGUAAUUUCAAAUGUAUGUAUAUAACAUCUACAGGACAUAAAACCAGCAUGAUUGAAUGAUUCUUUAUUGUACUAUUGACAUUUAUACAACAAUGAAAUGAUUCCUUGUUUACGUUUCAAGUAAUUUAUUUAGGCCUAUUACAAUGUUUUGCCUCUAGGACUGGGACGAUACUAGUAUCACGAUACUUGUUAGUAUUGUGGCAAGGGAACAAAACACAAAGCAGAUUUAACUUCUUUAGAAAAACAGUCUUAAUGUUGGAAACGAACAUCACUAUGUUAUCAACCAGAUUCACAUGUAGUUAUUUUCCAGGCUAUUAUAUCACAACAUAUGUUCCAUAAAGUAGGUUUAGGACCAGGCUAUAUCACAACAUAUGUUCCAUAAAGUAGGUUUAGGACCAGGCUAUAUCACAACAUAUGUUCCAUAAAGUAGGUUUAGGACCAGGCUAUAUCACAACAUAUGUUCCAUAAAGUAGGUUUAGGACCAGGCUAUAUCACAACAUAUGUUCCAUAAAGUAGGUUUAGGACCAGGCUAUAUCACAACAUAUGUUCCAUAAAGUAGGUUUAGGACCAGGCUAUAUCACAACAUAUGUUCCAUAAAGUAGGUUUAGGACCAGGCUAUAUCACAACAUAUGUUCCAUAAAGUAGGUUUAGGACCAGCCUAUAUCACAACAUAUGUUCCAUAAAGUAGGUUUAGGACCAGGCUAUAUCACAACAUAUUUUACAUACAGCAGAUUUUUUAAAGGACCAAAGAAUCUGAUCUGGUUCGUGUUUUCCUUUUUUUACCAUAGAAAUAAAUAUCGCAAUACUGGUAUCAUCCCAGCCUUUAGUUUUAUUUGUGUGCAUUUCUCAUGUUCACGACUACCACUAUUGCAUAUGACUGAUUGGAGCAUUGACAAAUAGCUUGGAUUACUCAAUGAUGUGUACAUUAUUUUACUAUUUUCUCACAAAACAGCUGCUUUUCUAGUCUGAUUUGAAUACAUGUACAUUCUGCCUAAAGUGAAACAGUUUGAAAAUAACUUUGUUAACUCAAGAGUCUACGUUCGAAUCAUCUUGAAUUCGUAAAAAAAAAAAAUACAAUUAUUUAAUGGUCACAAGGUGGAGUCGUGUACCUAUAAGUAAUUAAGGGUAAGGCCUUGUUAAGGAACCGUAUGCAUUGUAUGCUCUGAUAUAAGUGAUUAUCUUAUAGACUGGUACUGAGACAGGACAUAAUAAAGGUGAAAUAAAUAAAAUGAAUACAGGUUUAGUUUACCAUCAGUGCUUGUACUUUUUAAAUGAAUUUCUUUGAAUGUUGUAUUGAAUUUUUUAAAUGCUGUCUUACUGUACAUUUAAAAAUAAAGAUAGAAACUUAGAAAUGGU